UUCUGUCAGAGAAAGCUGGGUAUGUCGUCCGCUUGAGCGGGGCGAUAUCUCUUCUCGACAAUGCCAUGUUGCUAUGUUAUUGCGGAGAAGAUAGAGCGUUCGCGCUUUUCGAGGCUACGACGAAGGCUGUAGCGCGUCGAGACGUCCGUAUGAGAGUGUGCGUUAUUAGGCUCGAUGGCGAAACCGGAGCGGCUUCGCUUUACAAUUCUAGAUGAUUUAAUUCUUUUGCGGGAAGUCUCGAGACAAAACCCAUAUGAGGAGAGCGACAGGUGGAAAACCGUUGCGGAGUGCGUCGUAAACGCGACGCAAAAAAGCUUCAGCCUACGUUGUGUCAAGGAGCACGUCGAUCACUUGCUGAAAAUCUGGGCCAGGGAGGGUCGCGCACACUUAAGAAAGUCAGGAACCGAGGAACAGUAUAAUGAAAAAGAGGGUCUUCUACAGCAGGUACAAGACUUGCAAAAGGAGUUUAGGCGUUCUGGUAAAGGUUCUAAUGCACAGAAGUUAAGAAUACAGAGGGAUAUGACUCUAGAGAACAUUUCCGAUUCUUUAGAAGUGAUAAUAGAGGAACCAACAGUAGCAACAUCCAUACCUUCAUCAUUUAUGUCUUCGACAUUGUUACCAAUUGCUUUACCAUCGCCGACUUCAUCAUCUUCGUCUUCGUCAUCAACUCCAUUAACCUCAGGGAGUCCAUUGCGAUCGCCGACCCCAUCGCCGUCGAGAACAGGUGGUCCAAUAAGGAAUAAAGUGCGCCAUGAUGCAUUGAAAAAAUCAACAUUGAAUUUCUUGCAAGAGAGACAUAAGAAAGAAAUAGAAUUUCAAGAGAAGCAAUUCCAUCUGGAAGAGAGGAGAAUUCAACUUGAGGAAGAAAAAUUUAGGAUGGAAAGAAAGGAACGUGAGGCAAGACUCGAACUGGAAAUCGAAGAAAGGAGACAAAGAAUCGCAAUGUCCAAACAGAAACAAGAGAUUUUGGAGAUAUUGUUACAACUAAUACAUAAACCUUGAUUAUUUUUGUAAGUAAUAGUUUUUCUUUGUUUUAUUGGUUUAUAAAUAAAAUUAUUAUGAAAAAAGA